AUGAGCACAGCUGGAGAGGCGGCAUCACUUUUCAGUGCAGCAGAUCCUGGGGUCGACCCCUUUGCAACUGUCUUGGGCGAUGACAGAGCAGACGCGACCGCUCAUUCCGCUAGCUCAGACGAGGCGUCAGGCACUCGACAGUCCUUUGUCUCGUACAAUAAGCCCCAGGACAUCAGCGGCUUGGAUUCGUGGCACAACGCAGGCGCUGUUAGCCAUGGCUAUAGCUAUGGAACUCCCCCCCUCGCUGAUUCUAGCGUGGAUUAUACAAGUCUCGCGCACCAGCCACAAGCUGACAGUCGAUAUGCUCACUCGGGUCCACACCCUUCUUAUGAGCAAGCUCCCUCGCAGAAUUACACUGCGUAUUCCCCGUAUGGCCAAAGUCACCAGUUCUACGAUCCACGCGCUCAGAACGUUCAAACAUUCUCAUCCGCUACUCUCGCGCCAGAAACGACGCAACCCGUGACGCAAGUUACAUACGAACCGACUGGGCAGUCAUUGUCGAACGAUUACCGAUCCCUGUCCCCUGCUACACAAUCUUCCUACAAUCCCUACAAACCCGUUCGAACGACCACACCGAAACAAACAGUCACCCCCUCGACAUCACCGUAUGCUUUUGGGAAUAGUGUAAGAGCUUGUCAAUCGCCCGCUCUCGUACCUGCUCCAGCGCCUGCAUCGUCUACCCCUGCUCCCCCCUAUCGUCCGAAGACAUUCACUGCAUAUGAUCCUCCACUACCCCCACCAAAACAUCCACACUAUACGCCCUCUAUUCAUCCACAUCAUAUACCUCCGUUGGAGCAACCGUUGCAUUCAAGUCAAAGGCUCCUCUCUCCCCAGAGUCAUCCUCCUUCAAGGGCCACCAUCAUGCCACCACAAAAUGUGGGUGCAUCCAAUCCCUACGGUAACCCAAUGCUUCGGUCAGGCGGAUCUGUUUUGACCGAACCAUUACAUCAUGAUACUUGGGAGCAUCUCGCUGUCCCAAGUGAUCGUUACGCACCUGCCGAACAUGACCAGAUUCGGCAGUUGUAUGGUCAGGAUCACAACGCCCCAUCUAUAGCCGAAGGUGGCCGCGCAGAGUUGAAUUAUAUAUAUAGCGACACUGCUCCACUCGCGGGUACAGUCGACGAAGCACCUUACUUAACGGAGAGGACCAUGUCCGCCCCUUCGUAUAGCGCAGCAGUGCAGGCUCCUCCCAACGGACAUGUGUGGUCGAACGACCGGGAACAAGAUACCUUGAUUCCUCAGACUCAUUACCUGGAUAACGUCGGGGAGGCUGCUCCUCCCCCUUUCCCGCACAGGAUUGGAUCAUCCGCAGCGAGCGUUUACAAUCGUCACAACCCAGAUAGUCACCACCGUUAUGACCUUGUUAAUACUUCCGUGCCGUCAACGAGUGCGUCACAUCAGUGGAAUGGUACUACUGUUUCCGCAGCUGCAGAGUGUCCUCCUGUUCACAAUGGGGAGAGUGUCCGACAGACGUCCACAGCGGCUCAUUCACCUGAAAGAGCCAAAUCACCUGGGAGUGCAUCCGUACGCUCUUGGAAGAGCACUGCAUGCACAGAUACGCUGGACAGGGUGCAUCCGGUCCAACGACUGUUCUCGCCUCUCAUUGGAACUACUUCUCGUAGUCCCCCACUAGUCACCGCCGCGAACAGAACGACAUCCUCAUCAUCUGGAUCUGUGAAAUCACUCAAAGGUCCAUCCACUACUUCUGCGGACCCGUACGCUCCAUCAAGCCAGGAAACGACAACUCGUCGUGGCCGGUCGAUUUCCAAUGGCUCUGCGUAUUCCUCAACGCCUAGUGACCCGUAUGUAUCUUCCAGGAAUCACCGUCCGCAGCCGAGUGAUAGCUCCAGUCAAGCGAGCAUCACAUUGCAGUAUAACGGUUCUCUUCCUCUGGAACGCGGCACUACCUCUCGACGCCCCACACUUAGCCAUGAUCGUGCUUCAGGGCAAGUAGUAACCCUUUCUUCUCCCGCGCACACAGUGUACGCACCUUCUCCGUCAUUGCUGGGAACCAAUGAUCCUCUUGGACGAACAUCCGUUCGGGUACCAGUCAUUAGUUUUGGAUUUGGAGGAAGAUUGGUUACAUGCUUCCACGGCUCUUCGUCUUUGCAUACCGGAUUCGACGUCGCACUUUCAUCUCGGCCAACAACCGAUAUUAAGUUUCGUGUGCUGCACAAUGUGAUUCCUCAGUCAGCUUUGGAUACAUCGGCUGCCGUCUACCCUGGCCCUCUGUAUGCUGACCCGGGUGCACCUACAGCCGGUCUAGUACGUUCUGGCGCUGCCACGCAGACAAAGACGAAGAAAACUAGUGUAAUGAAGUAUCUGGACGAACGCGCAGAUGAGAUCUCACGAGGGAUUGGGUACCUUCAUCACGAAAGUCCUGAGGGGAGAAGAGCAGAAGCCAAGCAUACGCUGAUGAAGGUACUGAAAGUGAUGGUAGAACAUGAUGGUCACCUCUGUGGCAGCUCACAAGUUGACGCAGCGGUUCGAGCCGCUUUGGUUCCCCGCAUGGCCGCUCCCUGUUCGUCAGCAGAUGUAUUGAGUGAUUCAUCAAGUCUGGUCGAUAUGCGUGCACCAUCGUCUGACAUCUCCUCGAUGCCAUAUCCUGUACUAGCGUCCUCUGUACAGGAUGCUAAUGACCCUACUCUUGCUGUGAACACACUGCGUUCGUCAAACUUAGACAAGAUUCAGGAGCUACUCGUUCGUGGUGAUCGUCGUGCCGCGUGUCACUAUGCUUCUGACCAGAGACUAUGGGCACAUGCGAUGGUCAUAGCAAGCAGUAUUGACAAGGACGCCUGGAAAGAAGUUGCCACUGAAUUUGUGAGAACCGAGUUGUCGUCCCGAGAUAUAGGAAGAUCCGGUGAAUUCUCUCGUUCAGAACACAGCAAGUCUGUCCCUUCAAGUGGUAGGGAGGCACUCCGAGUGGCGUAUAGUCUCUUCGCCGGGCAGGGGCCGGCAUCAGUUCAAGAGUUGUUACCCCCCAAGCCGCUCGUCCACAGUGCACCGACACUUCAGAUACCUCGUUCAGCUUCCUCCGUCACUCCGAUAUCUCCCAAUUUUCCAGGUAGUGCAGAGAUUAUGAAUCUUCCCGUUGAAGUAAUGUCCAAAUGGGCUGACACUGCAGCAAUGAUUAUUUCCAAUCCUAUGACUGCUGAAUCGUCAUCAACGCUGACGGCUCUCGGAGAUCAGCUGGCUGCCAACCAGUGGUUCGAAGCAGCACACGUUUGUUAUCUACUCUCGCUGCAGACAUCUCCUUUAGGUGGUAUUGGCAGCUCCUGUCGGGUGAUUUUACUCGGUUCUCCGGGACCACAGGCUUCUCCAAUCUUUGCGAAGGAUCCUGACCCUAUCAUCUUCACGGAGAUCGCUGAAUUUGCAUUGUCACUGGCCACUCCUGCUAAAGGGCAGGAUGUGUUUACUGGCUUGCCUCACUUACAGCCAUACAGGUUGGUGCGAGCGAUGUGUCUAGCGGAGAUGGGCCAUGUCCAACUAGCGACCAGGUACUGUGAAGCUAUCUCCAAUUCUCUUUCCCGGAACUCGCCUUACAUCAACUCAACAUUCGUUGAGCAAUUGAAGGGCCUUUCUGACAGACUGGUUGCGGCUCCCCAGACGGAUAAGUCAGGUUCAUGGAUCGGUUCCAAAAUGAGCAAACCAAGCCUUGAUAGCAUCGGUGUGUGGUUGGAAGGUCGCUUUACCAAGUUCAUUGCCGGCGAAGUUGACACCUCUCCUCGAGCGGAACACACCGCUGAGACCGCCCAUCAGCGUACUUUCAGCGGACCGUUCGCACACUACAGUACCAUCUCGUCUACCACAAGCUCCACUAUCCCGUCUCCUCAACAGUCGAAGAUGGAUCUCAGGGAGGCAGCUAAUGCGCCUCCCUUCCGCACGGGUUCUGCCGCUGAGUGGUGCUCACCGCCAUCAACCGUACAGAUAAAUCGCGCAGCAUCUGCGAUGGAGUAUAUUCGCCCGAUCAACCGGACUGCAUCACCUAUACCCCGCGUCUCUUCAGCUAGUGCAGCGACAAACACCUUCACAGAUCCUUCGCUCUAUGGUCAAGCGCUGAAGAACGGACAAUCUGUUGAUAAUGUUUUCAGGCAUGAUCCGAAUCAGUCCAAGGUGGACCAGCCCAAUGUUGUCAGUGAUAACACAACAGUUGGACAACCUGAGUAUGGUGCAUGGUGGGGCUCUUCGGAGUCUAGUGUUCCAACACCGACUGCAUCCUCUUUCGUGCGAGUUUCUGACAGUUCGUCGCAGUCGUCCCAAUUUAUCUCACUGAUGGAUGACUCUUCAAACUCGCUUACUCCUGUUACCGCGCAACAGCGUUCGAACUUAGGAAGACAUGACACUUGGGAGUCCUUCGCAGAAGAAGAUGAGGAUGACCUUGGUUUAGGCAAUAGUGGUACUGCUCGUGAGAAGCGUGCGUCGAUCAGUGAUGAGCAGGCUGGCGAACCUGCCCAUGAGGCUGCAGGGAAAUCAAAGUUUGAAGCUCCAGAGAAACCUGAACUGAAAACAUCUUCAUCUGGGUCUUGGUUCAGUCGUAUCUGGAGACGCGAGACAACACCUGCACCUAUCAAGGCUAACCUUGGAGAGCAGACUUCCUUCUACUACGACCAGGAGCUCAAGCGUUGGGUGAACAAGAAUGCGAAUGCGGAAACAGCGAAGUCUGCGCCACCGCCACCUCCGUCUCGCGCACAGACCGCGUCACCAGGGAGGGCGAGCGGCACAUUUCCUACGGGUUCAAUGCCCCUUCCUCCGCCGGCGCGCCCUGCAACCGCUAAUGCAAUUGAUCUGGGUGCCCAGCUUCCACCCCGAAGGCCUCCCCCACGAGCGCGGUCGAAUCUUGUGCCGACGGACUCAGAAGGUGGCUCAGCACCAUCUACUCCUACGUCUGCUACGAUAUCUAGUGCACAUGGAGGUGGACCGCCACCACUCUCCUCUUCACGGGCGAGAAUGCAGGCAAAACGGGCUGUGCGCAGUCGGUAUGUGGACGUAUUCCAGCAGCAGACUGAGAACACAUAG